GAGGAGCUGCGCGCCGCCGCGCGCUCGGGCUGGAGCGGCGUGGAGCUCUGCGCGGAAGCGCUGGCCUCCGGGGCGGUGGGCGCCGCGGAGGUGUCCGCGGCCGUCGCCCGCUGGAGGGCCGCCGGUGUCUUCGCUGCUCGGCCGCCUGCCGCGGCGCUGGCGCCCGAGUCUCGGCGCACCUACGGCGUGGACGUCGGGUGCGCCGCGCCCGCCUACCUCGGGCGCCCGGCGGGCGACCCGCGGCUCGAGGGGCCCGAGCUGGAGCGGGCGCUGGGCUCGCUGAGGCGGCACGGCCUGGCUCUGGUGGCGGGCGCCGUGGACGCCGAGGCGCUGCGGGCGCUGCGGCGCCGCCUGCGCAUCCCGACUGGCACUGGGCCGCUGGGGUGCCCCACCGAGGUUCGCACGGCGGACGUGGCGGCGGCCGCGGUCGGGGCCGCGCCGCCGCUGGAGCCGACCAGCGGCCGGCGCCACUUCCUGCUGAGGGGCACCGCCCUCGCGGAGGCGGAGAUCCUGCCGCUGCUGGCGCCGCUGAUGCCGCUGGCCUACCGCUUCCUCGCGGAGUGCCGCCCAGACGCCCUGCCAGGCUGCCUGAUGACCGGCAGCGCGUCUGAGCCGGCGGCGGCCGCAGCCGCGCCCCGCCUCUACCUGUCAGAGUGCCAGCUGCUGGUCUCCGACCCAGGCGCUGCGCCGCAGAUGUGGCACCGAGACAACCAGCGGCCCGGCCUGACCGUCAUUCUGCCGCUCACGACGGUGGACGCCGAGGUGGGCCCGACGCAGCUGCUGCCAGGCACCCACGCCGGGGCGUGGGCAGCAGCCUCAGCGCUGCUGGAGAGCGGCGGCGCGGCCUGCGCGGCGCCGCUGGAGGCGGGGCAGGCGCUGGUGUACGACGCUCGGGUGCUGCACCGAGGGCUGGGCAGCAGCUCCUACGGCCAUUGUCGGGUCGUGGUGGUCAUGCGCCUCGACUACGUCGACACUCCGCCCCCCGGCGCUACAAUCGCCCAGACGGCGUUGGGGCGCGUGGAGGGGGGGCUGCUGCAGGCCCUGGGCGCGCUGUACUCUGCGCUGCCGGUGCCCGGGCUGGCAGACAAAAACCACGAGCGAGGAGUUGCUUGACCAGGAAAGGCAUCUGCAAGGAUCGUCACAGGUAG